AUGGAUUGUAAGAAGACGAAGAAGAGGACCAUUGAAGAGGUAGAAAGCAGAGGAAGAACACAACAAAAAGAAGACAACAAGGACAGUGACAUCAGGAAACAGCUACAGGUGAAGAAAAGGAAGAAAGAAGAACAUAAAGAUGAAGAAGGAAAACAACGCGCGAGUGAAGAGGAAAUUAAUGAAGAAAUCAGCGACUCUCCAGAAGAUCCAGGCCCAUCUUUGGAUUCAUCUCUUUCACUGGAGAGAUUUACAUUCCACCGACUGCUUGGCAAGGGUGGCUAUGGAAAGGUACGCAAUUUGUGAAAUAUCCAUUUACACAGCAGAUUUGUUAUUUUUACAAAAGAAACAGAAUGUUUUUGGGGUGAUGUUAUUGAACACAUUAUUGAUUAAUAUAAUUCUCAAUAAUUGGUUAUAGGAUGUAAGAGUACACCCUUGUCAAAUCAUUGAAAGAUUUAUAUUUGAAAGUUUAAACAUGUGAUUUGUCUCUGAUUGAGGUCACUUAGUUUCAUCUAUUGCUGGUUUUAACUUGAAAAUAUAUUAAUAUAUUCUGUUUGCUCCCCUGUAACAUUGAACUUUAUGUCAAUUUAUUUUAACAUCAAUGAGAAAAUUUACUGAAAAAUUAGAUUCAGAGAUGGUUAUAAAACCUAUUCUGUUGUUUAGAUAGGGUUAGGUGAGUAAUAACAGCAUAACCCUGUGUAACAUUACAAAUUGGACUAGCACUGGUAUAAUUAAGACCAGACCUGCCCCCCAUUCUUUCAUUUAUUGUUAUUUUUUUGUUACACGUUUUUAUUUUUAGCACAUUUUUUUAUCCAUUAUUACUUUGUGCAAAUUCUUUAACUAUUUUACUAAUAAAAUUGUAUUUAAAAUAUCUUCUAUUUAAGAAUAAUUUUUUUAAUUGGUUGUAAUCUCAGUGACAUCUGCCUCCCCCCACUUUUCAAGUCGGAGGUCCCACCUUCCCAUUUUGUAUCUAAUUUAUUUUAAGAUUAGUUCUAUGGGCAGUGCACAGUAUUGAAAAUCAAACAAGGUUAUUAUUAUUAUUAUUAUUAUUGGCAUUUAUAUAGCGCCAAGUAAUUCCGCAGCGCUUUACAAUAUUAUGAAAAGGGGGGAAAUGUACAAUAAAUGAGACAAUUACACAGUAACACAGGAACAAUAGGUAGAUGAGGGUUAAUUCACUAAACAGUUUGUAAUGUGAUGAAUUAUACAAAUUAGGAUAAAGUAGACCUUCACCCAUUUUAACCCAAAUAAUAUUGCCUUCUCAAUUCACAUAAACAUACUUUUUGGUGAAUAAAUUCCAUAUUCCAUAUUUCUUACAUGUUCCUCUGUUGGAUAUUUAAUUGUCAUUUAGUUAGUAGUACUGGAAAUUGAUAGUGUUUGUUGUGAUUUUUCACUGUAAUUAUGGCCAGUUUAAUCCACUCCAACUGUCACUACAAUUGCUACUUCCUGGUCACAUGACCUGAUAGGAAUGAUGGACAUUCUCAAAGCUAUAGUAGGAUAGCGAGAGAUACAUUUCUACUAAAUGUCAAUGGAAACUGUAUCACAGUCUAUUGUUAUGAAAACUGAAUUAUUUAAGAAAACAUAUACAAUGCUUAUGUUUCAUGGAUUGUAUAAAUAGAAGUGCAAUAGAGGAUCUUUUCACAUUUUGAAGAUUUAAUAAAGCUUUAUAGAAUAUACUUCAUUACAUACUACAAUACACAGGAAGUUACUGUGUUAAUUAUGUAAUUGUACAAUGGGUCACCCAGUUAAUACUGUAUCAUGUAAAUCAUUUUGGUCUCUGUUAAGAACCAAUGCACUGGAUUCUCUUUUUGUUUGUGCUAUAGCUUGUGCUGUUAUUUGUGCUUUUGCUGUGUAUUUUCUAAAGCUGAUGUGCGCAACUAUAAUAAAAAUAUUCUGUUCAAGUACAGCAAUAUUCUCUGUGUAUGUAAAAAAAAAUAACAAAAUUAUAUAUAUAUACACACUCAAAGUAGUGCACUCACUGGUCUUCUUAAUUUGCAAACUUUAUUAACCAAUGUUCAGUAACUUUACCAUAUCAUCAACGUUUCGGUCCUCAUCCGGACUAGGACUGAAGUGUUGAUGAUACGGUAAAGUUACUGAACAUUGGUGAAUAAAGUUUGCAAAUUACGAAGACCAGUGAGUGCACUACUUUGAGUGUAUGUAUUGUUAAAAGGCUGGAGGAGCACCGUAGCAAGUAAAACUGAAGAGUGAGUGGAUUUGUGAGUGGUCUGACAUCAUAUUCAGGCUCCCGGCAUAACUAAGCAAUGCGAGGGAGCUGAGCAGUAAGCCCGCAAUAAAAGCUGCCGCCCGUCUCGCGUGGGCCCCCCAGAACACGAGGCUAACAAGGCAGUGCCGCCCAAGGCAAAUGCCUUGUUAGCCUCGCGGUGAAUACACCGCUGGGCACCCUACCAGUGACCUAUGGUAGCAUGCCCACAGAGAGGGCUCAUGAUAUGCCAUUAGAAUGCUAAUCUGAUACAUAAGCUUCAAUCAGCCAUAUCUGGUACAGACUUCAGUAAAUAAACAGGACAGGGAUUGGAUUUGUGCACAACUACUCUGUUGUGUUUUUGAUCAAGUUAGGUGUAAUGAGACCAAAGGGCAUAUUAAAGAUAGUUUAAAGGAGAAAGGCUAAAAAACAAAAUAAUAAAGUAUUUUACAAGAUAUGUCUGUGAUAUAAUAACCACACAGUAGGUUUCUUAAAGGGAAACUAUAGUGCCAGGAAAUCAAAGUUGUUCUCCUGGUACCAUAGCUCUCCCCUGCCUCACAGCCCUCACCCCCUGUGCUGCAGAAGGAGUUAAAGCCCUACUGUCACAAUGUCGGUGCUGGUUUGGGUUUGCCUCUGUUCCUCCCCUGCUGACGUCAUCCGGCAGGGGAGACCUAAAGCGUAUGCACGGCAAUGGCCAUGUUUGCAUUAGUAUUUCUACCAUAGGGGGUUUAACAUGACACUGGAUGUCCUCAUUCAUAGCCUGAGGACGUCCAGAGUCAGUUAGGCGACCAAAUGUCACCUGAUGACACGGAAGUCCCUCUAGUGACUGUUUGGUAGAAAAUCACCAGAGCUGGAGUUUACCCUCAAAGGUAAUUAUUGUAGUUUAUUAAAGGACCACUAUAGUGCCAGGAAAACAUACUCGUUUUCCUGGCACUAUAGUGCCCUGAGGGUGCCCCCACCCUCAGGGACCCCCUCCUGCCGGGCUCUGGGGACAGGAAGGGGUUAAACGCUUACCUUUCUCCAGCGCCGGGCGGGGAGCUCUCCUCGUCCUCUCCACCUCCUCUUCGGCUGAAUGCGCAUGCACAGCAGGAGUUGCGCGCACAUUCAGCCAGUCUCAUAGGAAAGCAUUCAUAAUGCUUUUCUAUGGACGCUUGCGUCUUGAAAUACGCAAGCGUCUCUAGCGGCUGUCAAUGAGACAGCCACUAGAGGCUUUAGAGGCUGGAAUAACCUAUUAAACAUUGCAGUUUCAGAGAAAAAAUGGGUUAACCCUAGCUGGACCAGGCACCCAAACCACUUCAUUAAGCUUCUGAAAAUUCUGAAAGCCUUUUUAUUUACGUGUCAUCCAGGUCUUCCUGGCAUCGGAUAAAACAACGAAGAAGGUGGUGGCUUUGAAAAUAGUGAGGAAGAAAGACCUUCUCACUGAAGCCUCAGACAGGACACUCACUGAACGUCGAGUGCUGGAGAUGGCAGCCGGAAGUCCUUACCUAACCAAAGCCUAUGGAGCGUUUCAGAUCCCGGUAAUUCCUUAA